UUCCCCUUAUUUCCCGGACACUCCUGCAGCGGUCUGUGCUGUGUGACAAAAAUAAGAUAUGAACGUUUAAUCUAAGAGGAAGGGGAAAAAAAUAAGAAAAAUUACUCGGAUCACAUGCGUGUUUGGCAGUAGCUAAAAUUGCAAAGCCAGCAACACGACCCAUAAUCUUCUGGGGGAAAAAAAAGCCUAGGGAAACAGCAAGGGGUGUAUAUGGUUCACACGUAAAAUUACAUCAAAUAUUGUAAUACCAAAAAAAAAAAAAACUGCUAUAGUUAUACUCUUAAUAAUAACGGCAGAGUUGGAAUAUGUUCUGUUCUUGAGCGAUCUUACAGCGAAUUAGGAACUGAAUGCAGUUUUCCAAUGAUAAAUAUUAUUUUUACUUAGUUUGUCGUCUGCAAACCGCCGUAACUUAAAAACCUUUAUUUUAAGAUCUGAGGUACCGUAAUUAUUAAAUUGUGCGUAUUCGAUUGGGGAAAAAAAAAAAAAACAACGCGCGUUUUGUGUCAGUAGUUUUUUGGAAAAUAUAUAUAUUUUGUUUUGUUUUUUUUCUACACGACCCGAGUGUUUUUACAGUCUAUUUUAAAAAGCGAGGGUGAAAAAAAGAGAUUUAAUUUUAUUUAUUUAUUAUUUUUUUGGUUUUUUUUUUUUUUUUUUUGUUAUCUUUUGUGGGUGAAGGAGGAGUUGCAUUGUUAUUAUCGACUUGCAGAGAUGUCUAACAUUGCCUCGGACCAAGAUUGUACAGAAAAGGGGAUGUUAAUUUUAUCGACUCAAGCAGAACAACAAAUAAUUAAUUUUGAUAUUCAGAAUAACAGCCAGCUGCUGUUACCCGGGCAACCAACGCAAUUAGCGCCGAACGCGCAGCAACAAACAGUGUUCGUUAUUCUAGACUCGAAUCCGGAUUCCGUCAACCUAAUCAGCUUGGAGUCUCUCCUUCCUGAAUCUGGGAUCGUCGCUGAUAUCGACGUGGAGAAUAUUCUGUUGUCCGGAGAGGAGUCAUUUUACCAGAUUAAGAGCCAGCCCUUCACAGCCAGCCCCUCCUCUCCCCCGGGCCCCGCCCAACCGGCCCCGCCCCCCGCAGUGAUGUCAUCGCGGGUGCUGCUGAGGCAGCAGCUGAUGAAGGAGCAGGCUCAGGAGCUGGAGCGGAGAGAGGAGCAGCAGGAGCGAGCGUCCAGCGCCCAGCUCCGCCCCUCCGACCCCUCGCCCGCCAUCAGCGUGAGCGCCCACCAGGGGCCCCGAGCCGCGCCCGCACAGGUCCCCGUCGAGGUGCUCAAGGUUCAGACUCACUUGGAGAACCCAACCAGGUAUCACAUCCAACAGACCCAGAGACACCAAGUGAAGCAGUACCUCUCCACCACUAUGGGCAACAAGGCAGCCAAUCAGAUGCUGGGGGCGUCGUCCUCGCCGCAGGCCAGCUCCGCCCCUGGACUGGCCCCGCCCACCAGCGCUCCCAACAGCCCCAUGGCUUUACUGAAUCUCGGAUCCAAUUCGGAGAAAGGGAUUGAUGACGUCAUCGAUGAGAUCAUCAGUCUGGAGUCCAGUUUCGCCGAUGACAUGAUGGGUUUCAUGAACUCUGGGCUGCAGCUUUCAAAUACACUCCCUGUCUCUGGUAACAUGAUGGAUCUUUACAGCACCCCCGGCAUGUCGCUCCCGACCAUCACCGUGAGCAACUCCUGCCCGGCCGACCUCGCCAAAAUCAAACAAGAGACAACCGACACUGACCCGAACGCCAGCGCUGGUUUCUGUGUGACGGAGGUCGAAGUCAAAGCGUUCAUGAAAGAGAGGCAGAAGAAGGACAGUCACAAUCUCAUCGAGAGGCGAAGAAGGUUUAACAUCAACGACCGAAUCAAAGAGUUGGGGACCAUGAUCCCGAAGUCCAGCGACCCGGAGAUGCGCUGGAACAAAGGCACGAUCCUCAAGGCUUCGGUUGACUUAAUCCGGAAGCUGCAGAAAGAGCAGCAGCGGUCGAAGGAGACGGAGACGAGGCAGAGGAAACUGGAGCAGCUGAACAGGAGCCUGAUGCACAGAGUGCAGGAAUUGGAAAUGCAGGCCCGACUUCACGGCCUCCCCACUCCUCCCUCGUCCCUCGGCUCUGGAGACCCGGUCUCUCAACUUCUCCUGCAGAACCAGAACCACCAUCAAACCAACACGGGCCUGCUCUCCUCCCCCUUCGCAGCCCCUCACACUGCCCCCAUAGACCCCUCCCUCUCCUCCCUGGUCAGCCCCGCCCCGGCCCUCGACCUGGGCUCCCUGAACUUCAGCGACCUUGACGACCCGGCGACCUUUGACCUGGGGCUGACCCCGGACGUGGGCCUGGAUGACAUUCUCAUGGACGAGGGGGGCCUCUCGCCCCUGAGGCGGGGCUCCGACCCCCUGCUUUCAUCGGUCUCCCCGGGGGCCUCCAAAGCCAGCAGCAGGAGCAGCUUCAGCAUGGAGGAGGACUCCUGACCCCUAGUGGUGGGAGGAGCUCAUUGCGGUUCAGAUUAGACAAAGUGGGGGAGGGGGGAUUAAAUCAAUUGAUCAAAACAGCGUAUAAACAAUCAAAUUAGGGGGCAACAGCAGCAGCAGGGCUAGUGUGAGUUUCUAACCCUGCUCAAACUCCUGGCUCCUGAUCAUUUCAAUAUUAAUAAUACUAGACUUCAUUGAGGGGAGCUCUGAACCCCAGGCCUGGGUGCAGCAGCAGCAGCAGCAGCAUGGCUAGUGUGAGUUUCUAACCCUGCUCAAAGAUCUCUUGAUCUCGAUCAUCUCAGUAUUCUCCCGAAUUUGUCAUUUUCUAUAUAUACUAUGUAGAAAUGUUAUGCAUACAUAUAUAUAUAUAUAUCCAUUUAGAUUGAGAUUUAGAAAUACCAAAAGAAACUGUAAAGUUUGAAGACGCUGAGAGAGACUUCUAGUGGAAACGUUUGCCGUUGAAUUUAUGAAGUUUCUUUCAGUGUUUCUAUUGAAGACGCUGAGAAAGACUUCUAGUGGAAACGUUUGCCAUUGAAUUUAUGAAGUUUCUUUCAGUGCUUCUGUUUGUAGAAUUUCUUUUUAAAAAGUUCAUUUUACUAUUGGCGGAGACGAGAGAGAAAAAAUAUAUAUACAAUAUAUAAAUAUAUAAGCAAAAGAAGGGUUUAUUUAGGGGUAAUAUUUGGUAAAUAUUUUCUAAAUUUUUAUAAUGAAUUCAAUUAUUUGUAAGCUACAACUCCCAUUACAGCUACCUUAUCAAUAACUGAUCAAUAAUAUUUGGGUGCAUAUAUACAGCGAAUGAUGAUGCGUACAGGAAGGAAAUCAUCACGGUAAUAAUUUGAAAUCAGAUUUUGACUCCGGUUUUUCAGACUUUGUCCCUAGUUACAAGUUAUUCAUCUCUCUCUCUCUCUCUUUCUCUCUCUUUCUCUCUCUUUUUAUAAUUCUGUUUUUUGGUUGUUUUGCUUUUUUAAAAUAAAACCCGACCUCUGUCCUGUCCCACAGAAGGGUCUGAAUUCAGUUUAAUUACAGCAACAGCAAUACACUAUUCUAUAUAGAGCCUUUCAUUACAAGAAUCCCAAAGUGCUUCACACACACACACACACACUGAGACACACACAGACAGACACACACAUAUACACACACACUGAGACACACACACUGAGACAUACACACUGAGACACACACUGAGACACACAUAUAUACACACACUGAGACACACACAUAUACACACACACACUGAGACACACACACACAUAUACACACACUGAGACAUACACACAGACACAGACACACACAUAUAUACACACACUGAGACACAAACACACACAUAUACACACACUGAGACAUACACACUGAGACACACACACAGACACAUAUACACACACUGAGACAUACACACACACACUGAGACAUACACACUGAGACACACAUACACAUACACACACAAGCACAAAAAUAAAGUUAAUUAAUUUGAUGAAAUUAAAAUUUAAAAAAGAGAUGCAAAAUGUGGUUUUUAAUUGUACAAUUUGAACAAGGUAAAAAAACAGCUUGAAAAAAAAUGGAACAUUUAAAACAAAAAUGCAAAUGGGAAUUAAAAAAAAAUCCUAAAAGGUAUAGACAAUGUCGACCCAGGGGACUUCUUUGACAUGAAAAAAGAAACAAGGACCAGGGGUCACAAAUGGAGAUUAGAUAAAGGGGCGUUCAGAACAGAAACUAGGAGGCACUUUUUUACCCAGAGAAUUGUGAGGGUCUGGAACCAACUCCCCAGUAAUGUUGUUGAAGCUGACACCCUGGGAUCCUUCAAGAAGCUGCUUGAUGAGAUUCUGGGAUCAAUAAGCUACUAACAACCAAACGAGCAAGAUGGGCUGAAUGGGGGCCUCCUCUCGUUUGUAAACUUUCUUAUGUUCUUAUGAUGUUCUUAAGACAGAAAAGCCUAUGCAUGAAAAAAUAAGUUUUCAAUCUUGAUUUAAAAACAGUUCCAGCUUCCCUGACACAAUACGAGACGUUGAAAGACAUUGAAAUGUAAAUUGCUGACUUCUUAGUGUUGUACGCCCAAAUUGGAAGAAACCUUCCCUUUAAGAGAUGUUGCUGAAUUUCCCUUUAAAAAUAUAAAUUGGCCACUAAGUGGCAGUGUGCGCUAUAAUAGACGUUAAAGGGAAUGUUGUUUUUUUGGGACACUAUAUUGAGCACCCAUUUUUUCUGCACGUGGGAGUCAUUAGUCUGACUUCUGUCGUAUUUUAUCAUUUUUUUUUAAAGACUUUUUUUUGGGGGGGGGGGUUGUAAGGGAAUUUAUAAUUAAAAAAAUAAAUAUCUAUAAAAAAAAUACUAAAGUCGUUUGUCUGCUUGACUCGGUCUCUUCUAGUUUCAAUCACACUGAUGAAGGCACUGGAUCCCAAACGCUGGUCUGCUUGACUCGGUCUCUUCUAGUUUCAAUAAUAACACUGAUGAAGGCACUGGAGCCCAAACGCUGGUCUGCUUGACUCGGUCUCUUCUAGUUUCAAUCACACUGAUGAAGGCACUAGAGCCCAAACGCUGGUCUGCUUGACUCGGUCUCUUCUAGUUUCAAUAACACUGAUGAAGGCAC